UAGGCUGCUUUGCUUUUGAGUACUCCUGUCAAAUAUACCGGAAGCAGAAUGCAGAGCGCGUCUUGACAACCCGCGCAACGUUGACAGCAUGGAUGCCAGCUCAAGUUUGCCGAGCCCUGCUCAGCUCGAGAAUGGGCUAACGCAGGAUCUUCUUACGCUUUUAGAUGAGCAAGCCGGGGACGCAAACGACUUAGACCUCCUGCGAAGUGAUUUGUUCUCAGGCGUGCUGUUCGGUGAGGGCGGCCAGUUGUUGCAAAGCGUUCCGUCUGUUAACAAUGGUAACAGCCUAGCAGCUGCUGCCACCACGUCGACCGACUGCACCGACAGCGCGGGGCAGCCUUCCUCCAGGCCAGCGGGGUCAAAGCGGGCUGCCCCCAGCAAGCGGGAGAGCAAGCACCGGAUCCGCGACAAUGAGAAGCUGCGGGAGCUGGAGGCCCUGGCGGCGGCCAAGCUGGAGCAGUUCCUCACACUGACGCGGCGGAACGCGGACCUCAAGCUACGAAACACGGUGCUGUCGGAGGCGCUGCUCAUUCGCGACGUGCAGCUGUCCACCAGCGCCGGCCGGCCGCUGUCAACGGGGCCGCUGCCGCCCGAGCUGCAGGGCGCCACCAGCAUGGCCGCCGUGGUGCGCAUAGCCGGCAGCAUGAAGAUCGUGUGCCUGCAGGAGCCGGCGCAGGACGUGGAGACCAUACGCGCCAUGGGCCGUCAGCAGCUGCUGGACCAGCACCGGGCCUUCCUGGCGGAGCUGUCGGCGCCGCUGCUGGCGUUCGAGGACAACCCGGCGGACGAGGCGGCGGCUGAGGCCAUUCGCGCGGUGCUGGCGCGGCUGAGCGCGCUGUACCGCACCGCCUCGGUGCUGUCGCCGGAGACCGUUGCCGUGAUGCUGCAGACCCACAUGGAGACGCGCGAGGUGGUGUCGGCGCCGGCGGGGCACUGGACGGCCGUGCUGCAGAAGCUGGACCUGUCGCCUCAGCAGGUGGCGGAGCUGGGCGCCAUGUGGGGGCUGUUCCGCGGCCUGAUGGACAAGAUCACGCAGGAGCGCCGCGACCUCAACGCCCGCCUGUCGCAGGGCCUGGCGCAGCAGGAGCAGAAGGAGGCGCAGCGCGCCGCCGCCAACGCGGCAGCCAGCGCAGCAGCCGCAGCCAGCGGCAGCGGCGGCGCCGCCGCUGCUGACGGCGGGCCGUUCCGGCGCCAGUCGUCGAGCAGUGGCGUCGGCGGCGGCGGCGGCGGCGCGGUGCUGCACCACCAACUGGAGGUGCCGCCGGAGGCCGAGGUGCUGCCCGCGCUGAGCCGCAACCUGCGCAAGGAGAGCGCCGCGCACCUGCUGCUGCGCGGCUUCAUGUUCGGCCGACUGCUGAGCAUCCUGCAGGCGGCGCGCGUGAUGGUGCACUCCUACCCCUGGUUCCCCAACGCCACGGCGCUCACAGCAGCGGCGGCGGGUGCCGAGUGAGCCGGGCGGGGGGGGGGGGCUGCCGGCGUGUGCAUGGCGCGUGGGUAUUCUUUAUCGUAUGGUGUCGUAAUGGGGUUGCGUGGGCUUGCGUGGGCUUGCGUGGGAUUGCGUGGGCUUGGUUGAGGUGAGGAGAAGUAGUGCUGAGACGGCGUGUUAUUGUUUUUGUGGAUGUUGAUUUUUGUGGUGCGGCGCGGGUGGCGAUGUCGGCGGCCCUGUGCGUGUGAAGACUGUCACUUGCAUUGAGCGUUUUACGUUGCUCGAAUGCGCGUGUCCUCGAUAUGUGAAACCCACCAAGCCGGAACUCCCAAUCUGUGUGCCGUGAGUGCCGGGCCUUGUAUCGUAUGACGGGAGAGGGUUCUGUCUACCGGUAUGAGCACGGGUGAUGUGAUGUGGGAUUGUGAAAUGAAUGAAUGAUUGAUUGAACGCUGCUGAAAGUGCGACACGCCUGGAGCCGCGUAGCGCCUGAUGCCCGUGGUUGCAGACACGCGUGCAAUGGCGCUGCACUACGGGGGGCUGCAACGAAUAACGAUGUAUGGGUCGCAGCGCACGGCCCCACACGCCAAAUGCGUACCGUAUCAGGCCAAGGCACUGGUUCCUAUAUCGCAGGCAGACUGCAGAUGUGCGUUGCUGGAGGGGCGGACAGCGGCCGAAGUCCUGGUGGCAUGAGCUGAGAGGAAGUGAGGAAGGCUGCCCUGGAAUGGUUCGCACACACGCUGCAUGGUCAUGUAAAUGGGCUGACACAUGCACACAUGCGCUCGCGUCGUCAGGGCCUUUGAAUGCCGUGUGCGCUGCGCUUAUGUGCGUUUUAAGGUCUUCCGGC